AUGGGCUUAAUGAAGGGAGGAUUUCGCGUCCCUGAAUUGCAUAAAAAGAAAAACCCCAAACACCAAUCAUCGGAAGUUCAGUCAUCUAUAGUAUCCGACCAGACGUCGCAACGUGAGAAGUCGAUGUGGCGGCGAAUAUCUCGAAGGGAUUUCCAUCUAUCAUCUGUCAAUGAAGAGACAGCGGAGAUGCUCAAAAAAACAGACCACACCCUGACGCAACUCCACGAAGUGCGGCGAUUGCGCCAGUUAAAAGCUCCUCUACUUGAUCCUGGUGAGAACUUAUGGAUGGAAAAUACCAUCCUUGACGUCGAGAACGCGGCUCGCGACGUGGCUAUUCUUCUUGAACCCAUCCGAGUAGAAAGAGAGACCGGGAAUGGCAAAAUCGGCCUGGGAAGGCAGUUCCGUUGGGCUUAUCAUGACAAUCAACGAGCGCGAGAUAUGAUCAACCGCCUUUUGGCUUGUCAUUCCAGUCUCAUGGCUGUUCUAGCUCGUCUCCAGCGGCUUGAUGCUCCUCAGCCCCCGCCUGUCCCUGUGCAUGAACUCGGAGCAGAGAUACCCCAAAAAUUUGGGAUGUACAGCUCCCCUAGUCUGCAUGACUCUGUGAGUGGUCUGAGUGAGUUAGACGAGAGUAGCAUGUGGGUAUCACCGACACAGAGUUCUUUGAACCAUGAGAUGAAUGAUAUGUUGGCAUGGCGUCGGACUAAAGGAAAUGCUGUUUAG